GGUAGCGAAAGCGUUAUAGCGGAUAUGUCAGAUCGGCAAAAAGCUUUUCCUGCAAAGUUAGCAACACCAUCUGCUAAUCACAGGGAGGAAAAUAGAACUGAUGAACAUCAAGACUGUAUUAUUUCUAGUUUAAUAAGUAAGGGGAGGCAUUACUGAGUCCUCCGGCUACAGAGAAAGAUUCAAGGACUUACCGUCACAAAGAAACCUCUGUGCGGGAAAAACUUAGACGCACCGCAACGGGAAGAUGAAAACUCGUCUACUUUACGUUUUAGCCUCGCUCUUGACGACAGAAUCGAUAGGAUAUCCGAACACAGCAUAUGCUGCCCCUAGUCAACGCAAUUCCAACAGCGAUGAUGAGAUAAUCGAGGGCGACAUUUUGGUUACCGAACCUCUCCGACGUGCCCUGAAGGCGGGAAACUCAAGGACCAAACGUGACAUUGUUAGCAACAAGAUAAAAAGAUGGCCGGAUGGCGUGGUACCAUACAAAUUAGAUUCUAGCCUUAAUAAAGACGCCCUAAAAGCAAUUAAGGAAGCUAUACGUGAGUUCCACCAAAGGACUUGUGUAAAAUUUGUCCCACACACCAACGAACAGGACUAUCUGGAAUUCCAAGGAAAUUAUGGCUGCUUCUCAGCCAUUGGUCGCAAGGGUGGAAAGCAGCGACUUUCUGUAGGUGAAGGAUGUGAAUAUAAAGGAACAGUCAUGCACGAGAUUAUGCAUGCUCUGGGAUUCUUUCACGAACAGUCUCGCACAGACAGGGACGACUAUAUCAUGGUUCUGUGGUGGAACAUUGAGCCAGGAUUCGAAAAGAAUUUCGAAAGUUACGGUCCUGAUCGACUUGACAGUGCCGGAGAACCGUACGACUUCGAUAGUCUUAUGCAUUAUGACAACCAAGCUUUCAGCAAAAACGGCCUUGACACCCUGCAGUCUUUAGCGGAUCCUCACAGAUCCUUGGGGAAUAUGGAUGAUUUUAGCGAAAUUGACAUAAAGCAGCUGUUGAAGAGUUAUCCGUGUAAGGUUUGGGAUAAGAAACCAAAAAACAAGAAGAAAGAGAGAUCUCCAGAAAGUAAAUGCCUUGAUGUCUUUCAAAACAGAUGCAAAUAUUUCGCAUCUUUCGACGGUUAUUGUCAGCAUUGGAUGUCGUUCAUGAAAAAGUGGUGUCCUUAUUCCUGUGGCUACUGUAAAACGGAAUCGCCUGAUAGAAGGCUGAAUAUAUGGAAGGGAGAAAAUCACUCAAAGUGAAAGGCCCACUGGUUAGAGUGCAUUCCCAUCAGUUGUUGUGAAAGCAUCGGGUGAUCGCGACAACCAAUCAAGAAAAAGGAGACUAUCACAAGCAACCAAUAAGAAAGUAGAGCAAAAACAAACAAACUGCCUUACGCGCGGGAAAACGUGAGUGACCCAGGCGCGAUUGGUUUUCCGUUUGAUUGGUUGGUUGGUUGGCACGAGUUUCCUGGACCAAUCACAGAAUGUCUGAAACGUUAUGCGCACUGUAUAUAUCAGCAAAAACUAUACUUGAGCAAAUUAAAACAAACCAUACUUAAGCAGGGUAUUGGUGAUUAACACAGUA